AGAGCACUCAACGAUCCAAAUUCUUUUGCACAAUUCCACCAGAGCAACACCUUAUUGGAAUUUUUUCCUCUUUCCUUAUUUUCGCUACAAAUAGCAAAAUACAAACACAAGCAUUCCGAUUGACGGCACGAAACCACAGCACGCGACCGAUGCGUUCGAGUUCUCGUCGUAAAAUGACGGCAUUCACGUUUGUCGGCUACUGUGGCUCCACGGGUUCGAGUUUGAUGUGAGGGGGAUGAUUAUUUACCUUACCCAGUUUAAAAUCUAUUCGAGCGGUUAUAAGCACGGUGUCGGUCGAGUGACGAAAAGUGCUACAAGAGUACUGGAAUUUUACCCCGCCUUGCCUCCCGCAGGCAGCACUGCCCUAAGUUUCAGCUAUAAUCACAAUAAAACUACACGAAAUGAGCGAAUCGCCAUCACUGCAGUCUAUUUUCUCCUCAUUGAACUGUCAAUACUCAAAACAACAGUUGGUGUACAAAGAAACGAAUUUCAUUUGCUUGAUCAAAGUACUGACUGGCACAGUUUGCGAACAGGACAGGUUAUUUUCGUAUUGGUUCCAUCUCCCCCAGAUCAGCAGACAUCAUAGUAAAUACGUAAAUACAGCAUCAGCAGGCAAUCAUCCAGAGUGCAGUCGGUUGCCGGAUAAUCUAUUAAUACAGGUUAUUUUCACGAAUCGCCCUCAGUCGGCCCGCAUCAGCGAUAGUUGAUACAGGUUGUUUUUUAAAUCUCCAUCAAUGGCCCGAGUAUUGGCGGAUGUUAUAGAUAAUACAGAUUUCAAACAGCUUGGCGUCCUACAGGUAGAUGAACAGGAAAGGCUAUGGAAUGAUUGAAUCAGGAUUGUUUUGCCUUCGUUGGCUGAAAAAAUCGUAUUUCGACAAACCGAUUUUUCUUCCUGGCUACGGACAUAUCUGGCAGUACCCUUCCAUUGGAGUGAUAAUUAGAAAGGGAAGUUAUAAUCCUAGCUCAAUAAUUCCUACUGGUUCCAAAUCAUGGAAUUGCCAAGUAAUAAGUGCACACUAUUUUUUUUUAAUUGAUAACCAUUUUAAUCUUCAGAUAAUUAAAAAUCAGCUCUUAUAAAUUACCGACCAACGGCAACCGUAGAUAUCACUAGAAACUGAGUCCAAUAAGUCAUGAAAAAAUAAUGAUAAUAAAACAUUAUCACGUCAAUUGUUCAAAAUUAUUUUGAAUAAUUUUUUUUCAUAGAAUAAUUUAUACAAUAUGAAAAAUGAAAAAUAAAAUUGUGGCUUUUAAAAUAGAAAAAAAAAUUAAUUGAUUUGUUGUUUUUCAAAUUCCAGAAAUAUAGCUGUUAUUCAAAAUAGAUUUAAAAAAAUAUUUCCGAAGACAUAGAUGCAAAGAAAUAAAUUAAAUAUAUGAUAGCAUUACUUUAUAAAGUUUAACUUCUAUAUUUAAUUUUAUUAUAUUUAAUAUUUAAUUAAAACGAUAGAUUUAUUUUUGAGAUUUUUGGGGUUCAAAAAUGUUAUCAAUCAAUAAUUUAUAAUUUGUAGUAUACAAAAAAAUAUUCCCGAAGGCAGAUAAAUAUACAAUGAAAUAGAAUAGGAAUAGGAAUUACUAAAAAAAUUUGUACUAAAUGAAGGAAAAAAAAGGAUUAUAUAUAGCGUAUUAAUAUAUAGAAGUGGACUAUAAAUGCACAGAGAGAGGAAUGAAAUAUUUAAAUUAUUAUUAUUGUAUACUACACAUAUUUUAACAAAAAAAAGUUACACAUGUAUAUAUAGAAGAACACUAUAAAACUAUGUAAAUAAUCGAUGAAUUGAUAAUUGUAUUACAAAUUGAAUUUAAUUAUGAAAUUGCUUUCUCGAGAAAUAAAUCAUAUAUAUUUAUCA